GUGAGAGGAUGUGUGUGUGACGCGUUGCUCGAGCGGGAGGAGAUAGUUUGUCCUGCGGGGCUCUCCGUACUGGGGGACGGGAAGGAGCCAGCGGGGAGAGCUCGGUGGGUUCAGUUAGACGGAGAAGCCGGCGCCGUGUGUUUAUAUGUAUUGACUCAUGGAGCAGUUUAUUCCGCCAUGCGUGUGAAGAGCUAGCUGGGAUGGCGAGGGAGUGACAGGUGAGAGAGCUGCGAGGCUUGCCGUACUGCCGUGUGCCGAGUGGGGGAAACAUUCCGCGAACUGCUUGGAGGAGAGCCCGGGAGCCGGCUACUGGACCAGGGUUUAAAGCACUUUGUGAAAACGGAUUAUUGCAACAUUUCUGUUUUAUUUUUGUGAUCAGUGUCCUUUUUUUUUUUUUUUUUUUGCUUCACUUUUUUCUUGCUAUGAAAAAGUUUGCCUAUUGCAAGGUGGUCUUGGCCACCUCGUUGGUUUGGGUCUUUUUGGAUAUGUUUCUGCUUCUGUACUUCAGCGAGUGCAACAAAUGUGAAGAAAAGAAGGAGCGAGGCUUGCCAGCUGGAGAUGGUCUUGAUAUGGUUCAAAGGCCACAUGAAGGCCCAGGAGAAAUGGGAAAGCCUGUUGUCCUUCCUAAAGAAGACCAAGAGAAGAUGAAGGAAAUGUUCAAAAUCAAUCAGUUCAAUUUAAUGGCUAGUGAAAUGAUAGCACUCAACAGAUCUUUACCUGAUGUCCGGUUAGAAGGUUGCAAAACAAAAGUAUAUCCUGAUAACCUGCCCACAACAAGUGUUGUGAUUGUAUUUCACAAUGAAGCUUGGACUACACUUUUAAGGACCGUGCACAGUGUUAUAAACCGUUCGCCACGACACUUACUACAAGAGAUUAUCCUCGUAGACGAUGCCAGCGAGAGAGAUUUCUUGAAGAGACCACUGGAAAGCUAUGUGAAAAAAAUGAAAGUUCCUGUUCAUGUAAUUCGGAUGGAACAACGAUCAGGAUUAAUUAGAGCACGGUUAAAAGGGGCUGCUGCUUCCAAAGGGCAAGUCAUUACUUUUCUUGAUGCACAUUGUGAGUGCACGGUUGGAUGGCUGGAGCCUUUAUUGGCACGAAUCAAGCAUGACCGGAGGACAGUGGUGUGUCCAAUCAUCGAUGUUAUUAGCGACGAUACUUUUGAAUAUAUGGCGGGUUCUGAUAUGACUUAUGGUGGGUUCAACUGGAAAUUGAACUUUCGAUGGUAUCCUGUCCCACAACGGGAAAUGGACCGAAGAAGAGGAGAUAGAACCCUUCCAGUAAGGACUCCUACUAUGGCAGGAGGUCUCUUUUCAAUAGACAGGGAUUAUUUUCAAGAAAUUGGCACAUAUGAUGCUGGGAUGGACAUAUGGGGAGGAGAAAACUUAGAAAUAUCCUUCCGGAUAUGGCAGUGUGGUGGUACACUAGAAAUAGUGACAUGUUCACAUGUUGGGCAUGUAUUUCGAAAGGCAACACCAUACACUUUUCCUGGUGGUACAGGGCAGAUAAUCAAUAAGAAUAACAGACGACUUGCGGAAGUGUGGAUGGACGAAUUUAAGAACUUCUUUUAUAUCAUUUCACCAGGGGUAACUAAAGUAGACUAUGGAGACAUAUCCACUCGAACAGGUCUGAGGCAUAAACUGCAGUGUAAACCUUUUUCAUGGUACUUGGAAAAUGUAUAUCCCGAUUCUCAGAUACCUCGUCACUAUUUCUCACUGGGAGAGAUUAGAAAUGUCGAGACCAAUCAAUGUUUGGACAACAUGGCCAGGAAAGAAAAUGAAAAAGUUGGAAUUUUCAACUGCCAUGGAAUGGGAGGAAACCAGGUCUUUUCAUAUACAGCUAGCAAAGAAAUCCGAACAGAUGAUUUAUGUUUAGAUGUAUCCAAGCUUAAUGGUCCAGUUAUAAUGCUGAAGUGCCACCAUUUAAGAGGCAAUCAACUAUGGGAGUACGACCAAGUUAAACUUACUUUGAUUCAUGUCAAUAGUAACCAGUGCCUCGAUAAAGCUGCAGAAGAGGACAGUCAAGUUCCCAGCAUCAAAGACUGCAAUGGCAGCCGCUCCCAGCAGUGGCUCCUGCGUAAUGUUACGCUCCCAGACAGCUUUUAAUAUAGUACGCGAUUGAAAAGAUACCUAGUGAACAAAUACCUUAAACAAAGUUUAAAUAACAAAAAAGGAUUGACUGCGCUACCUCUGUACACUUGACUUGCACAUCCUUGGGUAUCCAGAGAAAUAAACUAUUUUCUGCACCUUUAAGAUGAGGGGGCCCCAUAUCAGCUCAGACUACCUUGUGGGUUUUUUAGUGGCUGUGUAACAGGCCUCCUCUAUGAGGAUGUGUUAUGGAAAAAUUUGUAUCAUAACUGUGCACAUUGAAGUUUACAAGAAGAAAUCGUCUGUCAUGAAGAAGUUAUUCAGGAGAACCUUUAAUGGUGAUGCAAAUAAAUUUGUUUUCCCCCAGGGGAGCUGCAUAUUCGUACAGUUUGAGUGGAUAUCAGCAGCCAUCUGCUGAAAGUGCUGUGUUAAAGAAGGUAUAUUCAAUGCAAAGCGGGUUCUCCACUGGUGGUUCAUCCCUCUCCGUCCUCCAUUCACCCCGAAUAACGCACUACGUAUUCUGAAACAUGGAAAAAACAAUGCAGAUGUAUGCAAUCAUUUCCUGCGUGCAAAAAAACAAACAAACAGGGUUUAAAAGAAGUUUUAACAUCGCAUAUAUCAAAAGUACAAUUUCUUAUCGUAAAAUAUCAAAUUUAUAUGUAGAUUUUCUACCACUGUUGGAACAAUGACAAAUAUACAAAAGAAAAAAAAUCACCUUUGUUUCAGUUCCGCGAUUGUAACGAUAGAGUAUAUUUUCCAUGAUGGGAAUGAUGUUAAUUUUUAAAUUGGGGGAAAAAGCUUAAAUUGCAAAUUAUUUUUUUUUUUUUGUUUUUUAUUAUUCAUUUUUUGGGGAGGGAGAGAUGGCCAAUUACAAUUGUGAUGUGUAUUCACUUUGCCUUCUUAAAGGCUAGGAUAAUUGCCGCCUUCAAUACACACAGCUGUUCUGGUUCAUGGAUUGAUGAAGAAUGAGCAAGAAUUCAAAUCGCAUUUUCAAACGCAGUUAAAUGUGACUGAUUAUUUGUAGUGCCCAAGAUACAUACUACUGUACUUAUUAUUUUUUAUGCAGCAAUAAAUCUAGUUUGUUCUAGCCAACAAUAGUCUUGUCUUGAAAAAGGAGAUUUUUUUUCCCCCACACUUAGGCUAGUGAUUUUCUGGAAAAAUCAAGCUUGCUUUAUAAUUUUACUCCUACUUUUUUUUUUUUUUUAAAGCAUUAUUUUUUAAGAGAGGUGUAUGUGUAUGUUUAUGUUUACAAAGGUAUACAUUUAUAUAUAGAUGUUACAUACAUACCUUCUUUUCAUAUCAUUCUGAAGUAUAUGCACUAUUGUUUCCAUAAAACAUGCAAAUGAAGCCUGACUUAUGGUAAAAAGUAUGAAGGCAAUUUCAGUAAAAAUAGAGCUCAUUCCCCCGUG